GGAAGCGGUGGCAGAGGCCGCGGGAGGUUGGCGGUGAGCUGAUGCAGGCGGCGCGGCACGUCGUGGUCGCCCUGUCCGGCGGGGUGGACAGCGCCGUGGCCGCGCUACUGCUGAGGCGGAGAGGGCACUGGGACAGAGGGUUGAAUGAGGUGUAGUCCCUGCUCUCUGAAGAACUCCACGCUAUCGUGAAUUGCUGAAGGGGGCAGACUGGAACACCAAGCCCAGCAGAGCCCAGUGAGGCGUGCCUGCUACCAAGUGACAGGGGUGUUCAUGAAGAACUGGGACACACUGGAUGAACAUGGAGUUUGCACUGCUGACAGAGACUGUGAAGAUGCUUAUAGAGUUUGCCAGAUCCUAGACAUCCCUUUCCACCAAGUGUCCUAUGUGAAGGAGUAUUGGAAUGACGUGUUCAGUGAUUUCUUAAGUGAAUAUGAAAAAGGAAGGACUCCCAAUCCUGACAUAGUCUGCAACAAGCACAUCAAGUUCAGUUGUUUUUUCCAUUAUGCUGUGGAUAAUCUCGGAGCAGACGCCGUCGCCACAGGUCACUACGCCAGAACCUCCCUGGAGGAUGAGGAAGUCUUUCAGCAGAAGCACAUGAGGAGGCCAGAAGGGCUUUUCAGAAAUCGAUUUGAAGUUAGAAACGCGGUAAAACUUCUUCAAGCAGCUGACAGCUUUAAAGACCAGACCUUCUUUCUCAGCCAGGUUUCCCAAGAUGCCCUGAGGAGAACCCUCUUCCCUCUGGGGGGGCUAACGAAAGAUUUUGUCAAGAAAAUAGCUGCUGAGAAUAGACUCCAUCACGUGCUUCAGAAGAAGGAGAGCAUGGGCAUCUGUUUCGUUGGUAAAAGAAAUUUUGAAAAUUUCAUCCUUCAGUAUUUACAGCCUCGACCUGGUAAAUUUAUUUCUAUAGAAGACAAUAAAGUUCUGGGAACACACAAAGGUUGGUUCCUGUAUACUUUGGGCCAGAGAGCCAAGAUAGGCGGCUUACGGGAGCCCUGGUAUGUGGCGGAGAAGGACGGCACCAAGGGCGACGUGUUUGUGGCCCCCCGGACAGACCACCCGGCUCUGUACAGGGACCUGCUGCGGACCAGCCGCGUGCACUGGAUCGCGGAGGAGCCGCCCGCCGCCCUGGUCCGGGACAAAAUGAUGGAGUGCCACUUCCGGUUCCGCCACCAGAUGGCGCUAGUGCCCUGUGUGCUGACCCUCAAUCAAGACGGCACCGUGUGGGUGACGGCUGUGAAGGCUGUGCGGGCCCUGGCCCCGGGACAGUUUGCCGUUUUCUACAAAGCGGGUGAGUGUCUGGGCAGCGGGAAAAUCCUGCGCUUGGGGCCAUCCGCCUACAUACUCCAGAAGGGCAAGAGCAAGUCCAGAGUGGCCACCGAGGGCCCCGGCGAUGGCCCCAGCGAUGGCCCACGGCUGGGCCCCACGCUCUGAAGGAGGCCGAGCUGCUGCCGAGCGCCCAGGAGCAGACACGGAGGAGCAGAGCCUGGGGUGGAGCAGCAGGGGGGAGCUUGGCUGAGUCUGCUGCCCCAGUUCCAGCCUGCCUGGCCAGGGUUCCAGCGAGCCUCCCGAGCCUGGGAGAGCCCCAGAAAGGCCUGCCCUGUCUUCUCCACCGUGUGUGCUCUGUCCAGAAGGACUUGCUGCCUAGUGGGUGGGUUUGUAGAGCUGCUCUCUCGUGCCCCAGGGAAGGCUUCCCACCCGCAAGCACACAGGCACACUCCGGAGGAGGCUGCAGGGCCGGCAUCCAAUAAAACGAGUGUCUGGGACACAGAGUCUGCCGGACUCUCCUGGGGAGGGAGCCGGCCUCCGGUGCACAGCUUGGGCAGAGGGACGCCAGCCCCACUCCCCCGUUCCCGCCAUGCCCUCCCUCGCUCACCUGUGUCGGAGAGCGAGUCCCGGCCCGCAGGGGUGCAGUGUGGGUGUGUGAGGGGGUGCGGCCGCGCAGAGGCCAUUCUUCCCCCUGCAGAGUGCCCGGUGCCCUGGCUGCGGUCACAGGGAAACCAGAAGGACUGAGGGGCCUUGUCCCAGUCCGGUGGGGCUCGGCGGGUGUGUCCGUUCCCUGCGGGGCAGCUUACACACCACGGCGUUUGUGUCUCACGGCCGGGGAGACCAGAAGUCCGGGCUCAGGGCGCCGGCGCGGUCAGCCGAGGUUCCCCCUGUGGUUCGCCGAUGGCCAUCUUCUCGCCAUGUCCUCAACGGCCAGAGGGGCGAGGGGUCUUUCUGGGGCCUCACACCGUGUCAUCCCCCAGGGCUGCACCCUCACGACCCAAGUGCCUUCCAGAGAGCUCCUGUGUUCACACCAUCACAUCAGGGAUUUAGGGUUUCCCCGUAGGAGUGUUGGGGGGAUGCUCAGCCCCCAGCAUGGUGUGUGUGCAUGUGUGUAUUUUGUGGCGAGAGGGCAGCAGGCCAGGCUGGGAGCUGCUUGGCAGAGGAGGAUGCAGAAGGUCAGGGCCAGCUGUGCUGCGUGGGCGGCACCCUGUGGCCCCGCAGCCGCGGAGUCCCUGAGUGACGCCUCGGAGCCCCAUAAGGGCUCCGCCAAGCCUCGCCGUGGGCAGUACGCAGAGGCACGGGCUCGGUCUCCUCAGUGCGUGUGGGGCCGGGGCUGGGGGUGGCGUCUGGGUCAGACAGGAAAUUGGCCUUCCUGGGAAGGCUGUGUCUGCAUGCCCCACAGCCUCCAACUCGCCUGCCCUGAAGGUGGGGGCUGGGUGCUGGGGACAGAGCUUGGGCUGCAUUCUUUCACUAGCCUCACACCCAGCACAUUGCUAGUGCUUCAGGCCAGGCUUCUGUGGGGGCCAGAAGUGUGGUGCCCUGUCUCCUGUGGGUAGAAGGUUCUAGACCAGAAGUAGCCUAGGCCUCCAGGCACAGUGCUGCUGGAGGAGCACCUGGGAAGGUUGUCCGUGGCCCCCAGCCUUCAAGGCCUCUGAUGGUGACAGUGCUAGCCCUGGGUCUGGGUGCCAGGCAUCCAGGGCCCCCCCUCCCCACCCCCAGAGGCAGGUCACGGGCCCCAGACCACAAGGGAGGAGCCCAAAGUGGGAUGACGGGCACCACGGCCCCAGAGCACUACAGUGGGAGGAGGACUUCCUUCUGAACAGGAGGGAGGCAGGUGGUUUGGGCAGAAAAUCCCUCCGGCCUCAGGUACAGGUGGGAGGGAACGAGGGCCCACGCGGGCUGUGGGGUGGGUAUGGUGGCAGAGGCACGGACAAGCGUUGGCCUGGGCAGCGGGCUUGGGAGGAGGAGUGGACAACUAAGACCUUUGUCCAGAUGGGGUCCUGCUGCCCUGGAUCUCCCCGCGCAUCAGCACGCGGUGCUCCGAAGAGCAGAGCGGGCCCCUCCGCCCCCCGCCCCAUGCAGCCAGGAAGGGAGGCCCGGACCGCUCACCCCACUUGGCACCUGCCUCGGCUCUCGUGUGGUGCUUGCAGCCUGCCAGCGAGACUGGCCUUACUGGCACCCCAUCCCUGCCAGCCUGGGGCAAAGGGCGUGAGGUGGGCUGGGCCCCACCGCUGGUUUAGUGGGACCCUGUGUGGGGGGUGACAGGCUGCACCGUUGGGGGCUUUAAGACUAGGCCGCUGUGUGGGGCUGAGAACUAGGUGCCAGCCCCCCUUUCCAGAGGCAGGAUGAACGUGGUCCCUCUCAGUGACGAUCAGGAUCCCCGUCCCUGCUCCUUACACUAGCCCUGGCCUAGGUCUGCCUUCUCCCCACCCAGCAGGAGGCUUCCGGGGCUGGAAGGAGCAGGGAGGGGGCCCGAGCAUCCAGGGUCGGGCCUUCUGGCCUGCCACGUGGCAGCUGAUCCAGAUAAAGAGACCCUGCGAGGUGGGGGGGCUCGGGCCUGCCCUGCCCAGGCUGGGAGGCCAGCCACUGUUCUGCAUCACUCUGCACGUUGUGCCAGGCGGUGGAGGCUGGCGAGGCUGGCCGUGGAGGCAGGGAGGGGCUGGAACCCCGCCCAUGUUCUGCCGGCUCACGGGGCAGCAUGGAGCCUCCCGGGCCUCAGGGCUCCCGAUUCACCGCCCUGGUGGCUGGGCCUCUCGUCCUGCUGGGAAGGCCCCCCAGCGCCCACCCUGCUCCGUGCAAGGCUGACCCUGGGGAAUGGCAGCGGGAACGGGGGGGAAGGGCAGCCCGGUGGAAGUGUCCAGCACAGGGCGGCGGAGGGGAGGCCGCCGGUCCUGCCAGCCCAGUGCCAGGCCCCCAGCUGGCCCGGCGGCCGCUCGGGUCACCCAGGCUCCACCUGUGGCGGGGCCCAUGGCAGCCUUCCAGCCGGCGGCGCCACCCUCCCCCUGGUGGGCCCUCCGCGUGCCCCUGGGGCCACCAGCCAACUGCGCGAGGCCACUUGGUGCAUUGCAUCAGCUGUCCGCCAGAGGGCCAAGUUCGUGAGCUGGGACUCUGGCCCCUCCCACUGCCCUGUGCUGGCGCCUCGGGCUUCAGGAGACCCUGGGGCAGGCCGGAGGGGCUGGAGCUGAGGAGUGAGACGUGUCCCCGUCCCCGUUGCCAGGCCCCGCCACUGCCCCACGUGCCCAGAUCCCGAGGGAAGGGCCCAGGGCUGGUGCCGGACACACGGUGAGAGCUGAAGAUCCCGAACCCCGAAUGGUCUGCUUAUCCCGACUGCGUCGGGAGGGUUCGCACAAAGUUCCGGGACAGUUCCUCUCCCCGGGGCCUGUGCUCUGCCUCCCGCUCACGGCCGUCACGGCUGGCUCAGGGAGGGGGCGGGGCAACAGCACAGAGAAGCACAAACUCGAAGCUCUUAAUUUAUUGCAGACUCUUUUCUUGUGUUGUAAUUCCAGUGUUCCGAACAUUAAUAAAUAGACAUUUGUUAAAAAAAAAAUCUCCAGUGUCUCAUUUCUCAUAAAGUCUUAAGUCACAAAAAUAGGUUUACAAUGUAUUUUCCUGUCUUAAUAAAACGGACAGUUGUUUUUUGGUAACAAUUCUGAUCAGAUUGAAAACCGCACCCCAAGGGGCAGGACCCAGCUGCAGAAGUGAGGACGCGAAGGUGGGGGGCUUCUGACUCGACGGUAUUCAAACUUUUUUACUUAGAAGAGGUCUCGUCAGGGGUAAACAUCUGAAGACCCUCUUCCAUCCUCAGACGGCCACUCACCCACUAAGGCACAUUUAUAAUUCAUUCCUGCAUGCGGACCCCGGGGUCUCAUUUCACUCCCGUGUGAGGUGUGUGGCCUCAGAGCCGCCUUGCAGCUGCUGUUCCCGGGGUGGUCCUAACAGUGCUCACAUUUCCAUCCGAAUAUGGCGCAGAAAUCUUCACAUUUGACUUGAUUUUCUUCCUAUUUUAUGGUUUCUCGUACUUGGAAGCAGCUGUGCUAGUCACGUACUUGGGUGCCUGAUUUGAAGAACAAAGGCAACACUGGAACGAGACGUGUCUGAGUCAUUCUGGGCCCCAUGCCACAGCCCCUGGGGCCACACCGCACCAACUGCCCACCGCGGGCCAGGCACGGCCGCUCCUCAGUACGAGCUUCCAAAAAACAGCUUGGUAACCACUGAGAAGCGUGGCCGUGGCUUUGUCCCUCUGCACAAUUGGCCAUUUGAAGCAAAAUGAAGUCAUUGGUCGGCCUCGGGGGGUGGGGCCCCAGCCUGCCUGGGGAUCCUCAGAGUCUAAAAGAGCUGGAAAAUUUGGCAGGAAGGACUGUGACAUCCUGGAAGACCUCACACCUCCGUCUGGAUCGGAAAGUUGUGAACACUGUACAAUCCCACCGGGAACAGGAGCAGAGGGAACAAAAGACGUCCCCACCUGCGGUACCACACCAACUGGGCCAGGGGCCAGGGAAGCCCCACAGGCCGAGCGUGGGCCCGGGGUGGGGGCGGGGCGGCCAGGGAAGGGCCAGUGCUAAGUCACGGUCAGUGCCUCCACCAUGGCCGUGGGGCACCCGCAUUCUCCACCAGCCUCAGCGGGGCGGGAGCGAGGGGGGCUCCUCAAGUCCUGCCCCGUCCCAGGCUGCCCUGUCUCCGAUCCACCACGGUCGGGGCGGCUGGGAGCGGGGGGCACACAUCUCAGAAACAUGCGCUGGGAAUUCAGGCGGCUGCGCAUGGUGCCCACACGCUCCCUGCUUCCUGGCCGGGCCCCGCGGCAGGAACCUCUGUUCGAGGACCAACUCGCCUCCACGCACUUCCCACUCUGAUCUGCCGGGACACCAGCUGCAUCAACGCACGCCAGGUUCAAGUACAACUGUGCAAUCUUCCUUGUAUAAAAAAAAUAGAGAUCAUCCCACGGGUCUCCCAGUAUCAAUAGUACAAAUGCAAAAUAUACACAGGCUUUCACCUUCUCAGAGUCCCAUACAAAUAUAUAUAGAAGUAUCUACACCUUUUCAACAAAAGAAAGUGAUCUGCUUUAAGACAAGGGAUGUUUAGGCAAAGGGCCGUCAAGGCCCCUGGCCAGGGGCCUGUACUCCAUGGGGGCACCCGCAUGGCCGAGGGACCUCCGUCUUCCACCUACGCUUGGCACCCCCGAGCCCCAACAAGCCAGGCCUGGCAGUUUGGGGCCCUGCCAGCUCUUGUGCUGGGCCCACUCCUGGCCUGCCAGUGUGCGGCUCUGCCUCCGUCCGCAGUCGGCAUCCAGCUGAGCCGGCCCGGGAGCCCACCCAUCCUUGAGCCCGUGACCUUUGGCACUUGUCACAGGUCGGCUGGGCCCCGAGCCCCCGGGGGCAGCCCGGGGCUUUGUGUCUGGACUGUCAGUCACACCAGUCAUGGGGCUGCCACCGCAGGGAUCCCCACCACCAGGGCCCCUUCACUGACAGCGCAGCGGCCCCUUGGGCUCCAAGGUCCAAGGGUGCAUCGAUGCAGCACAGAGGCCUGGCUGGAGGCGGUGGGCU